AUGGCAGCUAAUAAUUUUUUUAUAAGUAGUAAUGUAUUUUAUGGAAAUCGUAAUCGUGGUGAAGAUUCCGAUGACGAUGAAUUGGACUUCGUAGCUUCUGAUUCCGAUGAGUACAGACCUUCUGAUGGAAAUAGUAGUGAUUCGGAUCUCCCAGAUUCUACUGAAUCAUCUGGAGAAGAAAACGAGGAAAUUGAGCCUUCUGAACAAAUACCUGGAACAUCUAAGAGAACAGACACAUGGACAACAGUUACUGGCCAGUCUCUAAAAGCUUUUGUUUUUGAACAAAACACAGCAAGAGCAACUGAUAUUCUGCCAGUGACAUCAGCAAUGCGGCCAAUUGAUGUAUAUAAUCUUAUGGUUACUGAAGACAUUUUCCAGCUUAUCGUUAUCGAGACCAAUAAAAAUGCCAACAAAUUCUUGCAAAAUAUCACUAUAACACGUAACUCUCGCUCGAAGCGGUGGGAAGAUACGAACAUACCGGAGAUCAAACAAUUUUUGGGACUUGUUAUGUAUAUGGGAAUUGUAAAAUAUCCCUCGAUUGCUCACUAUUGGAACACUGGCAACUUUUUCAAGAACUCUUUCGUGCCCAAAGUGAUGUCACGCAACAGAUUUCAGCUGAUUCUAAAGUUCAUCCACUUUGCAGACAACUCGGCUUUUAUAGGAAACCGAUUAGGAAAGGUGAGUACACUCCUUGAGCUUCUGGAAAGGAACUUUGUAAACGCGCGAACUCCGAACGAAAUCUUGGCUGUUGACGAAUCUAUGAUUCCAUGGCGUGGUAGACUCCAAUUUCGCCAGUAUAACCCCGGAAAAUCACACAAAUAUGGUGUGAAAGUUUACAAGCUUUGUGAUCCAUACGGUUACACCUACACCAGCUCAAUAUAUGCAGGAAAAACAGAAAGCAACAUCCAAAGAGGUAGACCAACCCCUACAACCUCACACUCGACCCAAAUUGUUUUAGAUCUGGCCGAAAAAUAUUUAGAUCAAGGAAGAACUAUUGCAACCGAUAACUUUUACACAUCAGUUUCUCUAGCCAAACAUCUCCUUGAUCGUCAAACUCAUCUUUUUGGUACCCUUCGGAAUAAUAGGACAGGAAAUCCAAAAGAGGUUACUAAUGCUAAGCUAAAAAAACAUGAAGUAAAAGGCAUGGAAGACUCGGGCAUUGUAGUUGCUAAGUGGAAAGAUAAACGGGACGUUCUCAUGCUAUCCACUAAACAUGGCUUGGAGGAAGUAGGGACAGGAAAAAGAAAUAGAGAUGGUCAGGAAACAAAAAAGUUACGUAUGAUCGUAGACUACAAUCAUGCUAAGCAAGGAAUCGAUAUUUCAGACCAAAUGGCGUGCUACUUUACGCCAUUACGGAAAACAAUUAGAUGGUACCAUAAAAUAGCCUUUGAGUUUUUGCUAUCAACGUCUAUAGUGAACGCCUUGGUUAUUUACAAAAAACACAACAAAAAGUGCACAAUUUGA